CCAUGAAGUUUAGAGAUACUGGGACAACAACAUCAAGAGACCAUGGAGACACUUCAAGUACCAGUAGCGUUGAGGUGAAGGAGAACCGCGACAGCAGAAACCAAGUGGACUAUUCCAACAUACUACAACCUGGAUAUCAUCCAUCAUCAGCUCUUUGCACUGACAUCUCCAAAAGAAAGACGACAGUGGACUGUACCAUGCUACCUGCACAUCAUCCAUCAGCUCUUUACACUGACAUCUCCAGAGGGCUCUCCAGGACUACUGCUCUACAGAGGAAGCAGCCAUUGGUGGAAGGAAAAGACAGGCUUCUCUACGAGCUCCAGUUGAUCUGUAAGAGGACGGCCCAUUGUCUUACGUCAGAUAACGCGAUGACUCCGUCUGCACGGUCGGUUGGGGGACGAGCAUCGUGUGGGAGUGACGCCACCUGUCAGAAGACAAUGAUGACUUCCUGGUCUGUCACAAAGAAGAACGCCCUGGUGCAGUUGAAUGAGCUGAGACCAGGUCUACAGUAUGAGAUAGUGUCUCAGACAGGGCCAGUUCACGCCCCUGUGUUCGCUGUAGGAGUAGAGGUGAACGGUCUCAGGUUCGAGGGCCGAGGCCCCACCAAGAAGAAGGCUAAGAUGAGGGCAGCAGAGCUGGCUCUUAGGUCCUUCAUCCAGUUCCCCAACGCCCCUCAGGCUCACAUCACCAUGGGAAACCUCAACUUCAUCAACACCACAGCACCAACAGACUUCACCUCAGAUCAGGCCGAUCUCGUCCCCGACACGCUCUUCAAGGAGUUUGAGCCAGAAGUACAGGAAGACCAAAUCCUUUAUCACAGAACAGGGGGAAAGGAGUUGCAGUUUGAGGAGCCACCAGCCCAAGGACAACUCCACAGGACAGUGGAAAAGGGACAGGAGUUGCUCUCCAGUAUCUGUAACCAUGGGAGACUAGUGCGCCUGACUCUUGACCUGAUGUCCUCAGCCAAUCAGAAGAGACAGAGGAUCGGUUCCUCUAUCGUCAGGGAACUGAGGCCCGUGGCUCUGCUCAAUGAGUUAAGGCCAGGCCUGAGGUACGUCUGCCUGACAGAGAACGUGAGAGGCAGGCCGAUCAGGAGCUUUGUGAUGGCAGUACGGGUGGAUGGAAGGGUAUUUGAGGGCUGUGGGCGCAGUCAGAGGCUGGCUAAAGCCCAGGCAGCAGCCUCAGCCCUACAGGACCUGUUUAACAUCAGUCUGGGGCCUGAGAGGAGCAUCAGCAAUACUGCCAGCUGGGCCAAGAGCUCACAUCUACCUCAGUGCUUUGCAGAGUAUAUCUUCCACUUGGUGAGAGAGAAAUACAGUGAGCUGGCUGACUGUUGCUGCACUACCUCCCAGUCGCACAGACGUCACAAAGUACUGGCAGGCAUCGUAAUGACUAGAGGUUUUGAUCUGAGGCGAGCCCAGGUGGUGUCUCUGGGGACAGGGACCAAGUGUAUCAGUGGAGAGUUUGUCAGUGACCAGGGACGGGCGGUUAAUGACUGCCAUGCUGAGGUCACCACCAGGAGGGCUUUCCUCCGCUUCCUCUACGCCCAACUGGAGCUCUUCCUCUGCAACCGGCCAGACAGUUUGGAGCAGUCGAUUUUUGUGCGAGACAAAGAGUCUGGGUACAGACUGAGAGAUGGUAUUCUGUUCCAUAUGUAUGUGAGUUCAUCUCCCUGCGGGGACGCACGCCUCAACUGCCCCUACGAGAUCACAGCUACACACCACAGCGGGUAUAGAUUUGUGAGGAAGUUGCGCUGCCAUCUGAGGAAGAAGAUGGAAGGCGGCGAGGGUACACUUCCUGUCAGCGCACGGAGAGCCAAUCAGAAAUGGGACAGGGGGUUGUCGAGGGAACCUCCCGUCACCAUGUCCUGCACAGAUAAAAUUGCCAGGUGGAAUAUUCUAGGUCUUCAGGGCUCUCUCCUGUCUCACCUGGUGGAGCCGGUGUACCUCCACAGCCUCACAGUGGGCAGCCUGUGCCACACGGGUCACCUGGGAAGGACCAUGGCACGACGCAUGGGGCACAUCGCCCCUCUGCCCUCCUCCUAUAGACGCAACAGGCUGCUCCUCGGCUGCCUCAGCAGCAGUGAGGGUCUGCAGCCAGGGAAGUCCCGCAACUUCAGUGUGAACUGGAGUGCUGGAGAUGAGGAGCUGGAGGUGGUGGAUGUCUCCACAGGCAGGAGGAAAGACUCAGGGACACCAUCCAGACUCUGCAAGAGAUCCCUCUUCACUCGCUGGGAGAGACUACACCACCAGUCUCCCUCUCCUCAGCUGAGCAGGCCAGGAGGCGUAUUGGAUGCAGAGGCGGCCCAUUUUCUUAUGUCAGAUAGCACAACGACUCUGUCUGCACGGUCGGUUGAGGGACGAGUGUGGCCUAGGAGUGACGCCACCUGUCAGAAGACAAUGGAGGAGGCCAUGAAGACGUACUGUGGAGCUAAGAUGGCAGCAGGGGCCUACCAGAGAGCCAGGCAGAAGUUUGUUGUCUCGCUGCAGGAGGCAGGUCUGGGCAUCUGGAACAGGAAACCACCAGAACAGGAGCACUUCCAGAGCAGGGUGUGAGGGGUUCUUCUAGAAGAAGCAGUCCAGGGAAUUCUCUUCAGCCAAAUUCCCCCACGCGCGCACACACACACACCGCAGACACAGACACACACACACACACACACGUGAGCUGUUCCAAUCGUGGUAACUAAGAGGUUGUAAAAUACAAUGUUACCACCAUAGGAACAGCACAUAAGUUGACAUACAGACACUUCAUAUUAUGACUUUAUAUUAUUUCUCUCACCUUGGUUGAAUACUGCAUUUUGGGAAAGAGCUUGCAAGUAAGCAUUUCACUGUACUGUUUUACACCUGCUGUAUCCUGUGCACGUGACAAAUAAACGUAGAAACUUCAAACACAUGCAGUAUGUAGUGAGUGUGAGGGAAUUUGGCUAGAGAAAAUUCCCUGGAAUGCUUCUGUGCACUCUGACUUAUCCAUAGUGAAUAUGUAGUCCUGAGGGGUAUACUACAAAGCAGGAUCAAUGAGUUAGCUAGUUAACUUCGAUAAACAACCAUAAAUAACUGUUGAUUUUCUGAUUCAAUAAGAAAGCUAAAGUUCUAUAUGUGUUUUUGAUUAUUGAGUCAGUUAGGCCAUGACAAUCUCAAGCUUAUCUCAACAAAAAAUCUAAACAGCCUCCUGAGUCUAAGGCACUGCAUCGCAGUGCUGAGGUGCCACUAUAGCCUGGGGUUUGAUCCCAUAGGGCGGCGCACAAUUUCGGCAUUUCCAAAACAUGUGCAUUAAAGUAGCAGGAGCCUGCUUACAUCGGUCACAUGUGGGAUCUAUUUCUGGUCUAAACUUGGAUAAUCUUGCCUUUGACCAAUGCAGCCGAUGAACUUUUUUAAAUUAAAUUACAGCAUGUCUUAGACAUAUAGAUGAAGAAUGUAUUCUCUGAAGCAUACUGAAAGUUGUUCACCUAAAUCCUCUUCCCAUUGGUUCUUAAGAGAGUCCAGGGACUCCAGAUUGUGUGAGUUUAAUAACAUAUAGACCAAGCCUAUGCUCCCUUUGAUAUAAGGAUUCACUUUAAAAACAGAGUCUAGAAGGGAGGUAGGUGGGCGUGAUGGGAAGUGACUAGAGUAUGAAGAUACAAAACUACGCAGUUGUAGGCACCUAAAGAAAUGGGAUCUGGGAAUAUUGAACUUUUGUACUAACUGUUCAAAAGAUGCAAAAUCCAUAUCAAUGUACAAAUCCUUCAGUGAGGAGAUGCCCUUUCCAGACCAGAUUUGAAACGCCCUGUCUAAUAAUGAUGGAGAGAAUGUAUGGUUCUUUAAUAACACAAAUGAUCGCCUGAACUGUUUCCAGAUGUUUUGAGAAUGUUUCACAAUAGGGUUUUUAGUGUAUUUGGAAACAGGCUCAGCUAAUGUGAGAUUUGAGCAAAGUAAGGGAGCUAAAGUGGGGCCACAGGAUGAAAUCUCCAAGGUCAACCAGUUCGGGCAUGUAACAUCUGGGAUUUCUGUCAUCCAAUAUAGAAUGAUUAAUAUAUUAGCUGCCCAGUAAUAAUAUUGAAAGUUCGGAAGUGCUAGACCACGCUGGGGGCGAGAUCUCUGCAAUAAGCUUUUACGUGUCCGAGGGUUCCAGAUAAAAAACCUAGCAGUGUGUUAAGUAGCAGCGCAACUUUCGCCUCUCGCGAGUCAGUUGGGGAGUAGCGGCAAUGAGAAAAGAUCGUAACUGGCAAUUGGAUAUCACGAAAUUGGGGAGAAAAAUUGGGUAACAUUACAACAAAAAAAUGAAAGUUAUUUCAGAAUAUUCAAGUAAAUUAGCUGGCUAACUCCUUGAUCCUGCUUUGUAGUAUACAUACCCCUCCGCUUCUAUUUCCUCCACUGUGCAGUCAUAUACAGUAACAAUACAGUAGCCCAAAGAUAAUCCUGUUUCCCUUCUAGUAAUCUUUCACCCACACCUGUUGAGUUACUCACUUGAGCUCCCCUUAUUUUGUGGUGUCUCCUUGCAUUGAAUACCAUACACCCUUCCAACCAUUCAGUCAUGUAUUGUCUUUGUAAUUUUAAGAGAAAUUGUCAUUGUAGUACUGGGGAGCAAGUAAGCUACAGUAUGUGAAUCUGGCCCUGAGAAACAUGAAAGAGCACUGACAUCUAGUGGCUCAAAGAGAACAUUGCAGGUUCUGAGAGUAUAACUACUAAAAUCGUUUUUUUGUGGAUUGACAGUAACUUACUCUCAUAAUUAGUAUUUUCCCUCUGUUACAAUUGCACACAUACACCUAUUAACACAUUAUAUAGUAAAUUAAAAGUUAUAUUGAUGUAUUUCCUCUUUCCACAAGCAAUUGUAUUGCUUUAUAUUUAUUUCCACACAAAACAGACACCAUCUCACAGACUAAAAUGAUUGAAUGUUAAUAGUAAUGUAGAAGUACUUUGUAUCUAGAUCAUUGAAUGUCAAAUGUAAAAUAGUAAUUUAUAUUUUAUUAAAGGGAGACAAUUGGCAAUUUUAGAAUAAUCUUUACCUGUUUUCUGACAACUGGGUGAUAAAAGACUGAACAAUUAAUUUAACACUAUCCUCAUGUCACUGAACCGAAGUAAUGGACAUUUGGCAUGACUCGAAGCAAGGCUGAACUACGACACAAAGAAGAGGAUACAAUGAGGGAAUGAAACGGCACAACAUUUUAUUUUAUUUCACAAGCUGUUGUUCCUUAUGAAUAACCAUCUCACACACACUACAGCUGUCAGAAAAACAGUUUCAUGUUAUGAGAUUUGUGUACUAGCGGCGCUCCUCUUGUUAAAAUGAACCUAUUUUACCACAUAAAAUAUAAUUAGGUAGGUAAACACCACAGUUUUACUAAAGCUAUUACACAGUUGAUUUCGAUUGCUAAGUUUGUAUGAUGUGAGGAGGGCGUGCAUCUCAAAUUGCACCUUAUUCCCUUUGUAGUGCACUACAUACGGAAUAGGAUGUCAUUUGGGACACAAGCGAGCACUCUACUCCAUUGAAAUAAAUACAGGACAACAUUUACAUGACCAGGUGAGAAAACCAUGAGACUGAAAUGUACAUAAACCACGAAGAAAGUGAUGAUAAACAUGGUCAACUAGCUAAGCAUGGUGGCUCAGGAGGUCAGGUAGUCUGAGUGCCAGUCUGUUUGUGCUACCAUGCCAACUCCUUUUCACUCAUUGUCAUGCCAAACGAGCAAUGGCGUUGGCAAGUGCCUAGAGUUAGAGUUCACAUUCACAGGCCAUACGUCUUUGAUAUUUCCAAAAUAUUUGUUUCACUUAAAUCAGGGAUGAUGACAAUCCUGGACAGCUACGGUCCAAGAGACACCUCUUAUUAUACUAACCCAUGUAACAGAUUACUAUAAUCAAUGCCUCUAGUACUACAUCAUGUGGUAUUAGAACUGCACAACCAAAUCUGCAGUAGCCAGUCUGUUUGUUCCAUCAUGCCAUCAUCGUCUCCCGAGUGGCGCAGUGGUCUAAGGCACUGCAUCGCAGUGCUAGUUGUGCCACAAGAGAUCCCGGUUCGAAUC